AUUUCAAACCUUCUUCAGGGGAAUUCGCUUAUGACGGGCUCUCACACGUCAUUGCCUUGUAUACUCGCUAUGACCUGCGCUCUUCCUUUAUUAGACAUACCAAUUGACGACUCCCUCAACUUCUCUUUUCCUACCUUCCCUCGCUUGCUCUGCUCUCUCUUCCGUCUUCCCUCUGCUACUCUCACUUUGGUUGAUUUCGGGCCUACCAAAUCGAAAGAAAUGGGCACCUGUUUCUCUUGCUCAGUCUUCAGUGAAUCUCAGCUUCUUCCCCCGACUGCAAAGGUUGUUUCAGUUAAUGGGAAUCUCCAGGAAUACAAUGUUCCUGUAUUUGUUUCUCAAGUCAUCAACUGUGAAGCUGCAUCAUCCUCGUCUUCAUCAUCUUCUUCGCCUUCUUUAUUCCUCUGCAAUUCUGACUUUUUAUCCUAUGAUGAUUACAUACCGGUCUUGGAUUCCAACGCUCAGCUAAAAGCCAACCAGUUAUAUUUUGUUCUUCCUAGAUCUAAACUCCAAAACAGGCUUAACGCUUCUGACAUGGCAGCUUUGGCUGUAAAAGCUAGCAUAGCCAUACAAAAUGCGUCUAAGAAAGACGCUUAUCGGCGUAAGAAGGCCAGGAUUUCCCCUGUUCUGUUAGGCAAUCAGUCCUUAGCUUCAUCAUAUGAUGCCCAUGUUAUUAAGUCGUUCGAGAAACCACAGGCACCGCAGCAAUCACCUGUGGGGUUUUCCAGAUCCGGGUCUGUCGGAAGAUUACGAAAGUAUACUUCCAGACGAGCGAAAUUAGCUGUUCGCUCCUUUAAGCUCAGAUUAAGCACCAUUUACGAAGGGACAGUGCUCUGAGUUCUUUUUUUCUUUUUCAUUUAUUCCAUGUGUUGUGCCACCAGCCCACUCCUGACAGAAUUACCCCUUGGCAGUAUAGACCAAUCUAGUAGCCCCAUUGCUACUUCUUUUCAACGAUUGGCCUGUCCCUUCAUUAUUUUGGAAAUUUCGUUUUUUGGGUUAUUUGGUCAUCCAUAAGCCUACUACCACCACCUUAGAGAGAUUGUGGAAGUGUCAUCUUUCAUACGUGAAAUUUGGAAGACAUUAAUUCAAUUUUGGAGGAAAAAAAGGGCUGCGUAAGUCAAUUCUCAUAUGUUAACUAUCGAUUAUAUAAUUUAUGUACAGUUCCUGUAAAAACAAUUAUUGAGUAUUUUUAUUAAUCUCAUUUUUUUUAGAUUUUAUAAUAAUUGAAACUCUAUAUGUCC